AUGCAAGAGACAUCAAUAUCUUUCCUCAUUCUCAUGGCAACAUUGAUCGACUCUCUUCCUCCUACUUUACCAAUCCAAGAUACACUUCUCCUCCAAUUACAUGCGGUGUUUGGUCCGAUGUUGAUGUCAGCUUUGCAGCUGGUCGAUAAGCGAGAAGUCGUCAGAGUAUCUCUUCCGUCUGAUCGGUAUAUCUAUCAAGUAUCAUCCUCAACAGGAAAGAAUUACACCAUACACAUCGAUCCUCCAUCUCCUUUGCCUAUAACUCCAACAACGCUUCCUCCUCCACCAGAAUUCCCUUCUUCUCCUGCGUCGACGCGCGAUAAAGACCAUGUAAACGAACACGACAACGAGGAUGAAAUACCCCACACACCUUCCCCACCACCUUCACAAGCUUUCGAACCUCUCUUAUAUUCCCCUUCUAAUCAUAAUGAUUUGCCACGGCCCAUCAAGGAUGAAGAAGAUCCAAUACCGUCGACAAAGAAGGAAGAGACAUGUCGAAAAGGCAGAGUGAUAAAGUUAGCUAAGGAACUGAAAAAGAUGUAUUGUCCUUGUGCAGGAUGGGGAUACGGUUGUUUAGCUGGUGAGAGGACCAUAUUAUGUAAACACCUCUUAGCGAUCAUUAUAGCUCACAAAACAGGUAAAGAAGUCAAAGCAGAAGUCGAAAUAGGAGGUGUAGCUGGCCUAUUGGGCUUAUCAUAA